AUGGCGUGGUAUUCCAUUCUCCCACCAGAGCUUACCCACCUCGAGAGCUGGGCAGCUCGCGUCUUCUUCUUCCUCGGUCUCAUCACCAUUGGCCCCUGGGCUUUCCUCAUACUUCUCGAUGCAACACUCUGGCUAUACCGACUGAUCCUUUGGGAACUCCCCUGGGUUGGUGGACGAGCACGUGGUCGGCAGCGCCCUCGUGCACCAAGCUUAAAUGAACGCCCGGGCGGGCAACGGAGGGCUUUUGGGCUGCGCGGCGUGGAGACACAUACCGGUGAUAGCGACGACGCUCCAGGGUCACAAAGGGAGAGGGAUCGCGAAAACUUCCGCAAGGAGAACGUGAGCCCCGUUGUCGCAUUGAAUCCACAUUUGAGUGGAGAUAGGAUCUUGAAACAAAGGAGUUUGGGGCAAAUAUGA